AUGGGGAAAAGCUCUGUGUAUUUGCAACUACACUGUGAAUUGGUACCCAGAUGCCUACAGUGGAUUAGAGUUAUCAAUAUUAAAUGUCUUCUUGAUAAAAGUACAAAAUAUGUAAAAAACUGUUGUAGAGUCUGCAGUCUUCACUUUUCCUGCAAGAACUAUGUGACUCCGGAUUCCUCAAGACUCAAUAAAAAUGCGUGUCCAGAUCAAAAUCUUGCAGGUAAUCCAAAUGAUACAUCUGCAGCACCAGCAAUAACAUACAACUCUGAGUGCAGUACUGCAACAUUUGAAAGCAUUUUUGAAAAAUCUGGCACAGAUUCAUGUAACCUUCCUAUAAAUUAUGACCCAAGUGUCAGACCCAGUGACAUUGUGUAUGACCUACAUGAAUUUACAACAGAUUUAGUGGGAGACCUGCAGUUUUCUGACCCCUCAUCAUUUGAGGCACAUUAUCCCAAAUUUUUUGAAUUGGGGCAUUCGUUGGGUGACAAGCCCCCUCAGCUUGUUGGAAAUGAAUCUGAUGUUCAGGAUGCUUCUCCUUUUGGUCCCAGUGUUAGGCUAUUGCCUGAGAACAAUACAAUAAAUCAAUCAAUCACUCCACAAGUUCCUGUUGAAGAUCUAACAGUAGACGUGCAGAUUACUGAAUGUACAGAAUCUGAUAGUAAAUCUGAUAUGAAGCAACCUCGGAUUAGAACAAAUCAUUAUAAAUCUAAUCAAAAAUGGAAAGCAAGAUGGAACAGAUUGCUCACUAAAGUUCAACGUUUGAAAAAGGUACAAAGUGAUUGCACAAAAUGUAAAUUGCCCUCAUCAGUUAUCCGAAACGUAUCAAAAUAUUUGAAAGCGCUGUCUUGCUUUAAGUUUAUACUUUAG